AUGUCACUCCUCUUUCCCGCGAAACGCCGGAGGCCGCUAUGGCUCUACCUCGUACCCCCGGUCCUGGGCCUGCUCCUCCUGGCACACAUCCACUCGUUCCGCAUUCCCUCGACCCUCCUCCCCUAUAAUGCCAUCCCUCCGGCGCAUAACGACGACCAGGGCAGCCCCUCGGCAGCUUCCCACCUGGAGUCGGUGCCCGUCCAGGCUUUCUGGAAAUCCCUCCAGGCCGCCCUCCACGUCGCCGAGCCCAGCCUUCCCUCCCCCCUCCGCCCGACUGUCGGGCCCCCGCUUUCCGAUGGCGAGCUCGACUCGAGCCCCUUCUCCAAGACCGUAACAGACGACACCCCGCGCCGGAACCUCAUCGCCCUCGACGACGCCUCCCUCGAGUCCCUCACCGCGCAGCACGCAGCCUUCGUGUCCGCCGUCAGGUCCACGCUGUCCGAGAAGCUUCCCUACUGGAAUGGCACCCGCGGCGUCGUCAUGACCGCCGGCGGCGGCUACCUCGGCACCGCCCUGACCUCGAUCCUCAUGCUCCGCCGCUCCGGCUCCCGGCUCCCCGUCCACCUCUUCCUCGACACCCGCGCCGAGCGGGCCGCCGCCGCCGGCUUCUGCGACGGCAUCCUCCGACGCAUGGCCGUGGAGUGCCUCGUGGUGGAAGACCUACUCCUCGCCAGCAACACCGAGGCCCCCAUCAGGCACUACCAGUACAAGGUCCUCUCCAUCCUCCUCUCCCCCUUCCAGCAGACCCUCUACCUCGACUCGGACGUCUGGCCCAUUCACGACCCGGAGCCCCUCUUCACCUCCGAGCCCUUCGCCUCCCACGGCCUCGUCACCUGGCCCGACUUCUGGCUCGAGACGACGUCCCCCAGCUACUACCGCAUCUCCAACGCCGGCCUCCCGCCCCCGCGGCCCCUCACCCGGCGCAGCUCCGAGUCCGGCAUCCUGUUGUACGACAAGGCCACCCACGCUGACGACCUCCUCCUCGCGACCUACUACAACUGGUUCGGCCCGGGCUGCUUCUACCCCCUCCUCUCCCAGGGCGCCCGCGGCGAGGGCGACAAGGAGACCUUCCUCCACUUCCCAUGGAACUCGGAAAUCCUUCGACGUUGGAUUCGCUGGCGUUAUUAUCGGAUACCUAACGCACGGGCCAGUUGUUCUGGCAUCAAGUAG